AUGGCAUUUGUGCAGCAGCACGUUCGAGAAGGCACCAAUGGCCCGGAGGUGAUCCUGAGCAACAACAUGUGCCAAGACCGGCAUGUGGAUGACCUGCUUCUCUGCAUCGAGUCCUGGCUUGUGCGCCAAUAUGGCAGAAGUGGCGCCCAGCCGUGGCAGCUGGGUACGUUGGAUCUCUCACGGAACGGCCUGUCCGACGAGAAUGUUGCUCGCAUCGCAGACCGGCUUCGGCAGCUUCACGUCCGGGUGCGAUGCCUCGACUUGACAGCGAACAAAGCCGGGACAAAAGGCCUUUUGGCGCUGGAAGCGUAUCUCUGGAAUUGUUCCGAGCCAUUUCAAGAGAUCUCCCUGGCAGAAAACGAGAUCUGCGUGGAGGCCGGGUCAGGCGAGGACAAUCCGGUCUCGUCUUUCCUUCGUUGUCUCUACAACCACCCCUCGUAUCCGCGCAAGACAAGUUCCGAUGCCGGCGCCCUCAUUCACCCUCUGGUCCUUCGGCUACGAGGGAACAAGAUACCCGACCUCCAGCACCUCCUAAAGGAGAUCCAGAGGAAGGUUGGUGACAAGGCCCACUUCUGCUCUUCUCCAGAGGCCUACCACACGGACGCCGAGGAGUUCCUGUCAGUGCACAUCUCGGAUGUGGAAAGUGUGGAAAGUGCGGACAGCGCGGACAGCGCCGCAGAAAGCGCGCAGCAGGGUGAAGGCGCCCAAGGUGCCGAAGCAGGGGUCGAGGCCGAGGACUCCGCCUGGCAGCGGCGACAGCGCCGUCGGAAAGCCAAGGAGCUCGCGCUCAAGGAAUCCAGCCCGAAGUCAGAUCAAGGUGAGCAAAAGAAGAAGAAAAAGGCCCGCGUAAAGAACGAUGAAGGCAAGAAGAAGAAGGCCAAGAAGGAAAAUGGGAAGACAAAGAAGAAGAAGAAAAAGAGAAGCAAGCAGGAUGAGUCGAAAGAGAACGGGGACCAAGAGGCGCAGCCGGCUUCAGAAGAGGCGACAGAAGAAGGGGAGGACGAUCCCGACGACGAAGAUCCGGCAGAUGAGCAGGGUGCGGAGCAAAAUGCGGAGCAGGACGCAGAGGGAACGAACGAUGGCGUCUCGAGUGAGAAAGAGGCCGAUGAAGUGAAAUCGGUGGAGAAGGAGCCGCCGGAGGAUCCCAGGCCGGAAGCCGUGACAGCGCCACCGAUGCGGACCUUCUGUCCGACAGCGCUCUCAUUGGAGGAUCAGGCGAGCCUGAAGAAGGAGACGGUGGAGAGACUAAGGCAAAUGGAGGGCCUACUAGACAGCAUCGGCGAAAGUGCUCUGACAAAGCUGGCCGAGCUGACAGUGCGGCUGCUCGCGAGCGGCAAGCGAUCGGAGGACAUGCUGAUGGAGCUGAAACCCUUUGCCCGAGCCCUCAUCAAAAGCUUCACAGAGCUGCGCAAAACCGAGAUGCUGAACUGCCUCUCAAGGUGGGCAAGCAGCGAGCUUCGGAGCUGGCAGCACCUCAGACGCAAGACGAAGGGAGCGCGAACCAUGACCAUGAGUCAAUGA